UCCUUUCCACCAAUAAGUGGGCUAUCACUAUCGUUAUCGCCGUCGAAUGCCUCAUCGCCGUAUCAUGAAAUUUAGCCCGGGUGCUACUGCGACUUAAUUAUAUUCACCGAUAAUCUCUCACGAUCGAACAGCAUUCGUUCUGCAUGUGUCACCAUCCCGCUCGAUCCGUCCACGAUCUAUAUAACCGGCACCCAAACUCGAUCCAGAUACCAUCUUCAACGUUGCGACCUAGGGAGGUCGAGUGAGCUUCGAGACGGCCGGUCACAAGUCGAAUGAAUGCAACCUCUAAACCCCUUCCUGGCCGCCUUCUUUAAGAGCUCCCUCCCCAGCCAGUGCACCCCGGUACAUCACCACAUCCUACUGGUUCCGUCAACGGAUGUGCUUCUCACAUUCCGCGAGACCGAGAGCGGGAGUGCCCCUGCUGAGGUCAUCGCAUCGGAGGACUUCCUCGCCAGUCACGUUCUCCGUGUGCCAUCUCCAAAUGGCGUCGCAGGAGGCAAAGACGGUGCCCAGAACUUGAGGGAAGUGAGAGGAAAGGCAAAGCAGUUUACAACGCUUAACGGCAAAAGUGUGGUCAUCAAGGACGCUUUCAUAUACAGUAACAAAGGCUUCAAAACACUCGCCCAGGCCCAGCUUCUGAACGACAUCGUCUUCUACCCCGACGUCUUCGAACCACGGCAAUGGCUUCUCUACUAUAUAUCGAGACCCCUUGUGGGCGUCUGGGAGGAGAACAAGAUUACACCAGCCAUCUUGGUCCCCGGUGUACGAAAGCGCAGGAUUCCCGAUCAGAAACAGACACCAAACUCCGAGUCGACCGAAAACACUGCUCCUCGAAAGAAAGACAUCAAGAGCUUUCACGACCUCCUGAACAAUUUCCCGAUGAUUGCGCGCCAGAUGCAACCCGGCCUUGAGAAGUUAUUCGUCGAGUUCAGCAACGUCUUCCGAAGUCCACUACCUCCUCCCCCGUCAGCCGAGCACAUUCCAGAUCCCCCACCGAAUGGGUCUAUCAGCAAUACUGCAAGGCGAGCGCGCUCUAAUAGCGCAUUGGCAAGCACGGGCGACGAGGGCAGAUUACCAGUGACAGAGAACUUCUAUGCUGAGGACGAUGAAGAUAUCAUGAGGGCGUCUCUUGAAACCGCAGUCACAACUGCGAUCGACCUCUUCCAAGGGGUCGACAAACAACAACUUUCUCUUCUCGGCGCGACGACUGAUCUGACUGGUCCUCUUGUGGAGAAACUGAUCGAGCGUUAUGUCACAGAAAAUGUUCACAAUCAACUUUGGCCGAGACUCAAUGCACUGAAGAGACCUUACGAUCUCGAACUGGAAGCAAAAAUCAGAAAGAUGCAGUUUAUCGAUAUUUCACAACUAGGCAUUGCCAUUGAUGGCGGUUCGAAGGCGAAGCAUGACCUAAUCAUUCAACUAGGACCGGCUGUUGAGGAAUUCAAGAAGAUAUCUGCGGCCACUUGCCCUCAAGUCAUGCUGGAUCUUUUAUUAUCAACAAUCAAGAUUGUGUCUCGCUUGACGGAUUCAUCGAAAUCUCAGGCAGCGUCAUCUGAUGCAUCCUCGGAGAAGCCCAUCAUGACUAUCAACGCGGAUACCUUGGUCUCAUUCUUGCUCUAUGUGGUCAUCCGAUCACAAGUCAAGCAGUUACAGGCACGCUUGAUUUACGUCAGGAAUUUCAUCUUCAUAGACGACGUAGACAGCGGCGAGUUGGGCUAUGCGCUGAGUACAUUCGAGGCAGUGCUGGCUUAUCUUGUUCUUGACUCGGCCGGCUUGAGGCGAGCCAGCAGAAGAAACAAAGCCUUAUGGGACGCGGCGAAGACAGGAACUCUGGACGACCUUAAAAAGAUAAUGGAACCUGGCUCGGGGCCUGCUGAUGAUGACGAGCUGUCAGAAUCACCUACCUCCAGCCGUCGAGCAUCUACAGUGUUGAAUCUCCAAAAUGACACAAGAUCGACAGGCCCUUCAAGAUCUAGAAGAUCGUCACUGCGUCUCUCUUUUAACGAUCCGUCACCAUAUGAACACUAUUCUCAUGGUUCGGGACUGAGCCACGUAUUCCCCUUCCAAGCAGAGGGUGAGAACGAAACACACGCACACGACUUUUCUAUACCAAUACGACGGGUGAAGAAGGUGGCGAUGGACACCCGAAGCAUAUCAGGCGAUUCCGAGGUUUCAUUCCACUCUCGCACGGGGAGCGUUGGGACCAUCGGCAGUGCUCUGGAAGGGGAUAUCUCAGUGAACCGAUUGUCACAGACAAACAAUUCCUUUGGAGAAUCAGUUCUGAUGAUGGCCAUCCAAGCUGAACGUGCUGAGACGCUCAAGUACUUGCUCUCCUUGGCCGAUUAUUUCUCUCCUUCUUUUGUUCUAGAUGACAUGAACAACGAAGAUACCACCUUACUGAGUGCUGCCAUACAAUUAGGCAAUGCUCAAAUUAUAGAUUUGACGCUGGGGUUUAUCAUCACCUCGACAACUCCUGAGCAAUUAGUUUCAUAUCUAGCGCAGCAAGACAUCUGGGGACGUAGCUGUGCUCAUUACCUCUUCAAUGCACCGGCUUUGAUCACUCGAAUCGGGCACCUAAUACCUUGGCGACAAAGAGACAAGAACGGGCAAACUCCGCUCUUCGCUCUUUGUCGCUCUUACGAUCAUAAGAACUAUCUGGAAAUGGUGGAAGCUGGGCUCAAUGCUGCAGCUGCAGCGCAACAUGAUGGACUGCCACUCCAUAUUGACGAACAUGUCGACAACAAGGGCAACACACUGCUUCACAUUGUCAGCAAUGCGAGUCUUGCCAUGAACAUACUGCAAUUUUGCGAUGUUGACGUCAAUGCGACGAAUGAUAAGAGGUUCACAGCGUUGAUGGUAGCCAGCAAGUAUGGCAGAUACGACAUGGUCCGUACUCUGUUCGCCGAUCCAAGAGUGGAUGUAGGGGCAAAGGAGAUCAGAGGCCUCACAGCAGUUGAACUGGCGAAGGACGACGAUGUGCGGAACAAGAUCGAUGAUCUUGCCUUGUUCAGCAUGCCCCCUGGGCCAGAUGCACGUAUCACUGGUGUGGUCAGGGCAUUCUUCGUGGAAGAUGCGACGGUGAGAUUGGUGUUGAAGUCAGCGGCCCCAACGGAUCAUGAUAGUUAUACGGUGACAACGAGUCGUCGCUCGCUCUCUGAUUUUGAACAUCUCCCUACCCUCCUGGCGCUUGAAAAUCCAGCUUCGUGGAUACCCUCACUCGCCGAUGUUCGCUCUCCGUUCCAAAUACCGUCGAAGCCAUCACGAGCCAUUCUGCGAGACAUGCAAGCUCGCGCAGACUGGUUCUUGAAGAUCAUGCUAAUGCACCCAACUUUUGCCACACACGAGAUGCUAUGGGAGUUUUUCCUGGUACCAGAGUUACAAUUGGAUAUGAUGGAGCAACGGACGCUCCUCAAAACAGAAGCGAGAGCAGAGAAGGUGCGAGAUGAAUAUGAACCCGUGGAGGACGUGAGGGAGGUGGAACAGUUUGUCAAUCAUGCGCGAGAAAUGAUCCGGAGCGUGAACUACUCGACUAAGAGUGCGACCAGACGCGCCAACAAUCUUGGACUCGUCGCAGCAGACAUGUACGAUUCUUCGGUGUUGCUUCAUCGAGCUGUUUCAACACUGCAAUUCCUCCCACCGAGAUACAUAGAUGCGUUUGAGACGUAUGUACGAUCCAUCGUCCCCACCCAGUCAAACGCGCAGGCAAACCUUCACUCGUCAUUCCUGGCUCUGCAAUCUACGGUUCAGGCACUGCUGGCGUCCUUGUCUCGGCCACCCUCCAUCAUUUCCCAGAUGAGAGCGGCCAAGCGUGAGGCCGACAGAAACUUUAAUUCUCUUAACAAGUCGAGGUGGCCACUUGGUCUUCUGGAUGAUACCAGACAGCGACUCUAUGAUGAAAAGGAGGAGAGGGCACGGAAGUCGAGGGAAGAGGCCGCAAAUCUUGCGAGGGAACUUAGAUACACACAACAGACGGUGGCUGGAGAACUAGCAGGGUGGCAAGAACUACACGAGAAGAUGGGCCGCCACGCCAUCCGAGAAUUCGUUCGGGGGAUGGUAGUGCAGGAGAGGAUGAAGUUGGAUGGUAUGCUGAGAGCACUACGAAAAGUAAGGUUGCCUGAUACGAUUGUGGUGGGUAACGGGACUAGAACACCAGCCCCAUCACAAGUGAGGGAGCCUGAAGAAGUCGAGAUGGAUGAGAGCGAGGAUAAUAGCGAGGCUUGAUGGGGAGGGUAGUGUUGAGUGUGGAUACCGGGGAACUCCAAUCCAUGAGAUGAAUAUCAAGCAAACAUACAACACCAUAAAGACGCGUGAUAUGGCGAUGGGAGAUAGAAGAGACGCGUCGAGU